AACGAAAGAGAAAAAAUUAUUGCCAAUACACCAUCAGAAUACGCCUAUCUCAUUGAGAAAUCUUGGUCUUUUGAUCCGAGCCAACGUCCAACACUGGAUCAAAUUUUAAGAAAACUUGAAAAUUUAUCAAAAGAGACAACUAUUGAAUAUAUGACAAAUAAAAAUGUCAAGAACAACCAACAAAUUUUGCAAUCGGUGUUAAACAAUGAAGAUUCAUUCGAUUUCUUUAAUUGUAAUGAAGAUUCCUUUAAUAAUAUAACUGAAAAUAUAAAUGUGGAUAAUAAAGAUAAUCAAGAUGAAUCAAACAGUGAUAAUCUUGGUAAUCAAAGUGAUUCUGAAAGUAAUACACAUCUAAUAGACCACACGACUGUUGAUUUAAACGAACUCGACGAAAAUGUUUUUAAUAAUGAACAUGCAAUCUUAAAUAAAGGCAUGCAUAUAUCCAUCAGAUCGAAUAAUG